UCACAAUGACAACAUUCUUGGUGGUCGUUCUUCUGGGUGUGGCCGCAGCCAAGCCGCCUCCGUCUCUGCUACGAAGACCACCGCCUUCCGUCCAGGAUGUCAAGUCUCUGGAGCCCGUGCCGUUUGACCCUGGGAUGGAAGUCGCACGCACUACUCUGUCUUGUGGUGCCCAUACUCUGGCUACAGGAACAUACACGAUCACAUCACCGAACCACCCUUCCAACUACGAAAACAACUACGACUGCCUCUACAGCCUCACGGCGGGUUCAGGUGCUGAAACUCUAUCCAUCAGCUGUUCUGCGUUCAACAUUGAGUCUCACAGCUCCUGUGGAUGGGAUUGGCUGCGAGUGAACGGAAACAAGUUUUGUGGUACCCAAGGUCCCUCUGUCUCCAACAGCGGGGCCCUAAGCAUUGACUUCCAUGCCGACUACUCUGUAGUCAGGAGCGGGUUCUCCUGCACCAUCACAGCUGGGCCCACGUCCUCCUCCGACUCCCUGACCUGUGGUGCCCACGCUCUGGCGGUGGGUACCUACACGAUCACAUCACCUAACCACCCUUCCAACUACGAAAACAACUAUAACUGCCUCUACAGCCUCACGGCGGGUUCAGGUGCUGAAACUCUAUCCAUCAGCUGUUCUGCCUUCAAUAUCGAGUCUCACAGCUCCUGUGGAUGGGACUGGCUGCGAGUGAACGGAAACAAGUUUUGUGGUACCCAAGGUCCCUCUGUCUCCAACAGCGGGGCCCUAAGCAUUGACUUCCAUGCCGACUACUCUGUAGUCAGGAGCGGGUUCUCCUGCACCAUCACAGCCGAGUCCGGAUCGGGCGUCACGACUCAGCCCCCCUCGGGCAGCUGCAGCUGCGGCGUGGCCAACCGCGCCUCCCGGGUGGUCGGCGGCGUCGAGACCGAGGUCAACGAGUACCCGUGGCAGGCGGGCCUGGUCAGCCCCGGCGGGACCCGCACCUGGUGCGGCGGCAGCCUCAUCAACGACCGGUACGUGGUGACGGCGGCCCACUGCACCAGUGGCAACACCGCGUCGCAGAUCCAGGUGCUGCUGGGCGACCACCGCAUCAGCGUCACCGACGGUGAGUCGCGUCACACCCUCAGUCACAUCAUCGAUCACCCGUCCUACGUGACGCACAGCCAGGGUUACGACAUCUCCCUGCUGAAGCUGUCCAGUCCGGUGACGUUCAACAGCCGGCGGGCGACCGUGUGCCUGCCGACCGCCGGCCAGACGUACGCCGGUGCCACGGCCAUCGCCACCGGCUUCGGCCGGCUCGGCGCCUCGCGGCCGCAGGCUACGGAGCUGCAGGAGGUCGAGCUGCCAGUCCGCUCCGAAGCUCAGUGCAGGGCCGUGUGGAGCUUCGUCACUGAAACCAUGAUCUGCGCCGGCGGCCUGCCUGCCGGCGGCAAAUCCGUCUGCAUGGGCGACAGCGGCGGUCCGCUCGUCACGCUGGAGAACAGCAAGUACGCCCUGAUCGGCGUCGUCUCGUUCGGCCGGCCGUGCGCCGUGGCGAACACACCCGACGUCUUCGCCAGGGUUACAGCGGUGCUGUCCUGGAUCCAGAGCAGCACGACCGACGCUACCUACUGCAGCUAG